AUGGUUUUGUACACGACCCCCUUUCCUAAUAGCUGUCUGUCCGCCCUGCACUGUGUGUCCUGGGCCCUCAUCUUCCCAUGUUACUGGCUGCUGAACCGGCUCGCAGCCUUCUUCAUACCCACCACCUACGAGAAGCGCCAGCCAGACUGCCCGUGCUGCCUGCAGCUGCUCAGCACCGUCCUCUUCACGCCCGUCUACCUGGCCCUUCUGGUGGCCGCACUGCCCUUCGCGUUUCUCGGCUUCCUCCUCUGGUCUCCGCUGCAGUCUGCCCGCCGGCCCUACAUCUAUUCACGGCUGGAAGACAAGGGCCCAGCUGGAGGGGCAGCCCUGCUCAGUGAAUGGAAGGGUCCAGGGGCUGGCAGGAGCUUCUGCUUCACCACCGCCAACCUCUGCCUCCUCCCUGACUCACUGGCGAGGCUCAACAACCUUUCUAACACCCAAGCACGGGCCAAAGAGAUCGGGCAGAGAAUCCGCAAUGGGGCCGCCCGGCCCCAGAUCAAAAUCUACAUUGAUUCACCCACCAACACCUCUAUCAGUGCGGCCAGCUUCAGCAGCCUGGUGUCACCGCAGAGUGGUGAUGGCGUGGCCCGGGCCAUCCCUGGGAGCAUUAAGAGGACAGCCUCCGUGGAAUACAAGGGCGAUGGUGGGCGUCACUCCAGUGAGGAGGCUGCCAACAGCCCGGCUUCCCGGAACCCAGCUGAUUGCGGCCUUGAGGACGCCUGCAUUGUGCGCAUCGGCGGAGAGGAGGGGGGCCGGCCACCCGAAGCCGAAGACCCUGCCACCGGGAGCCAGGCCAGGAAUGGGGCUGGCGAGGGCCCGAGGGGCCAGAUGCCCAACCACAAUCAGCGGGAUGGGGAUUCGGGGAGCCUGGGCAGCCCCUCGGCCUCCAGGGAGUCCCUGGUGAAGGCGCGAGCCGGGCCGGACAGCAGUGGCGGCGGCGGGGAGCCGGGCGCCAACAGCAAGCUCCUGUACAAGGCCUCGGUGGUGAAGAAGGCAGCCGCGCGCAAGAGGCGGCACCCGGACGAGGCCUUUGACCAUGAGGUCUCGGCCUUCUUCCCGGCCAACCUGGACUUCCUGUGCCUGCAGGAGGUGUUUGACAAGCGGGCAGCCACCAAGUUGAAAGACCAGCUGCACGGCUACUUCGAGUACAUCCUGUACGACGUCGGGGUCUAUGGCUGCCGCGGCUGCUGCAGCUUCAAGGCCCUCAACAGUGGCCUCCUCUUUGCCAGCCGCUACCCUAUCAUGGACGUGGCCUAUCACUGUUACCCCAACGGGGGGAGCAUCGAUGCCCUGGCCUCUAAGGGAGCUCUGUUUCUCAAGGUGCAGGUGGGAAGCACACCUCAGGACCAAAGAAUUGUGGGGUACAUCGCCUGUACACACCUGUACGCCCCGCCAGAGGACAGUGCCAUCCGUUGUGAGCAGCUGGACCUGCUUCAGGACUGGCUGGCUGAUUUCCGAAAAUCUACCUCCUCGUCCAGCACAGCCAACCCCGAGGAGCUGGUGGUGUUUGACGUCAUCUGCGGAGACCUGAACUUUGACAACUGCUCCUCUGAUGACAAGCUGGAGCAGCAGCAUUCCCUGUUUACACACUACAAGGACCCCUGUCGCCUGGGGCCGGGGGAGGAGAAGUCAUGGGCCAUCGGUACCCUGCUGGACACAAAUGGCCUCUAUGAUGAGGAAGUCAGCACCCCUGACAAUCUGCAAAAGGUCUUGGAGAGCGAGGAAGGCCGCAGGGAGUACCUGGCAUUUCCCACCAGCAAGAGCCCGGGCCAGAAGGGGCGGAAGGACCUGCUGAAGGGCAACGGCAGACGCAUCGACUACAUGCUGUAUGGCGAGGAGGGGCUCAGCCCGGACUGGAAAGCCGAGGUGGAAGAAUUCAGUUUUAUCACCCAGCUGUCCGGCCUGACCGACCACCUCCCAGUGGCCAUGCGGCUGAUGGUGUCUGCGGGGGAGGAGGAGGCAUAG